CCGUAGCAGCUGCACCCUUUUUGGAAUUCCGGCUAUGAGGCAGACAGAGCCCAGGAAGGAGGGAGGGAGACACACAGAGGAAGGCAGGCCGCACCUAUCGGCUCAGAAAGCACCUUUCCAGGCUACCUCCUACCUGGAGGAAAGGAAGCAGAGAGGGAAACGAAAGUUCAAUGAAAAAACUAGGAUAACAACGCUUCUGGGAAUCUCAAGUCGUGUGGGUAGAAACGUAGGCUGAAGUUAACGGACACACGUGUCUAUUUUUCAUCCAAAUGCACUAUGUAACCAAAGUGGAAGAGCCUGAGGACUGCAAAGACUUCAAAACGAAAGGCACCGAGCGAUACAUUUUUAGGAGAGACGGAUCUACGAAAUUAAGGAACCAAGUGAUUGUUGAUUGUAGAUGAAACCAAAAGAAGAAGACUGAGGAAAAGGUAAAAAGUUCAGGAACAAAAAUGCUCUGAAGGUGAGAAGGGUCAACCACCCCAGAAAGAUUCAAGUACGUUUUUGUCGAAAGGUACGAAGAAAAAGGUUUCCCUCCCCGAGACGGGUUAAAGAUCAGACACGAUGUUCCUCCAUCGGUCUAUGAAGUGGCCAUCGCCACCGGCCUUCUUUUCUAAAUUCCUUCGUUCUUCAAAAGGUACUCCAUCACACCCAGAAAGCUCACCACAAAAACCUAGACAAUGGACCUUCCCAGUAAUACCCCUGCCAAGUAUAUCUACUCUGCAGUCCUACCUUCCAUCUAUGAGGAACCGCGACAAGACAAAGCCAACUAUCCAUUCAAACAUUGAGAGUGAACAUUUUCAGAUCUGCAUCAACCUGGUCCACCAUAUCAUAGACGUAUGCGCCUCUGGCUGUCUCUGGCUUUUUUCUCCUGUUUUUCGGAUAACGUUGGAUGUUUUCGGAAUCCAAGGAGCCCUCCAGCUGUGGAUCCAUGGACUAGCUGUCUUCUUGGCCACAACGUAUGGCAUGUAUCUCCUCCUUUGGCUGGCCCAAGAGUACAUCUUUCAGCUCACGUCACUUUAUGUGGUUUUACAAACACUGGUCUUAAUUGUUAGCCUCAAGGGAGAACGGGAGGAUGAAAAGGGGAAAGAAGAAGCCAUUGAAUUUGAGAGUGAGAAGAAGGAAGAAGAAGAUGUUGAAGAAGAAGAAAUUCAGCAUGGAGAGGACAGGUGGGCUGGAGGAAGUGAAGACGAAGGCAACUCGCAGGAUGAGUGGGAGAGCGAGGGGGAGGAGGAAGUUGGACAUGCUUGAGAAGAUUGGGAAAACGGCAAUCUUCGUCUGUUAUAUUUAAACACCACAAUGCCUUACGUACUUUAAAGAUUAAAGCAAAUAUUGUGAAAAAGUACAACCUGACAUACUACAAUGUGAUUUCUUCAGCAGAGCCAAAGUGGGGAAAAUGGAAAUGUUGGAUCUCCCAUAGAAAAAAAAGUUGAAGUUCUACUAAUUCGUUUUGUUUAAAGGGAACCCGUCAAGAUCGAAAUAUGGAAGCUGCCAUUGCUAACUUGCCGCAGAACUGUCAUUCUCCACCUUGCGUCUUUUACUGCAGCCAAUGAAGUCCUAUUUGAUUAAAUAUGAACUUGGGUCAGCAUUUAAAAAAAUAUCCUCCUCUGGAUAGUAAGGGUUAAAGGGUUCACAUUUACAAUAAAACUGCCAAGGCAUUCCUGUGUCCCGAGGGCAUUCAAAAA